AUGAAGGCCUCUUCUCUGGUUUCCGUCUUUGCUGCCGCGGCUGUGGGCCGUGUUGCAGCUCAAACCACUGGUGAGCUUGGUGAUGCCACCACCGUAAGCAACCCGGCUGGUGUUGUUUACGAGGCCGUCUUGCCUGAGAAGCCCUUCUUCAAGGCAGGAUCGCUGGACGGCAAUGUCCAAGGCUCCAUUGUCGCCGUCACGGCUCCCGAUGGAAAGGGCGUUCAGUUCAAGGUCCAGUUCUCCAACCUCCCCAAGGAGGGUGGCCCUUUCACCUACCACCUUCACGUCGACCCUGUUCCCGAAGAUGGAAACUGCACCAAGACUCUCGCUCAUCUGGAUCCCUUCAUCCGCGGUGAGGCCACGCCCUGCGAUGCCUCGAAGCCCGAGACUUGCCAGGUCGGCGACUUGAGCGGCAAGCACGGCAAGGUCACCGGCGACUACGAAAAGACCUAUGUCGAUCCCUACCUCUCCAUCGUUGAGGGCCCCGGCUCCUUCUUUGGAAACCGCAGCUUUGUCUUCCACUUCGCCAACAAGACUCGCAUCAGCUGCGCCAACUUCAAGCUCAUCACGAAGCCGGACACGCACGACAACUGCACCUCCACGACCAUCAGCGGCACCGGCACAGUUCCGACUCCCACCUCCCCACCGACCGUCGUGCCUUUCCCCGGUGCGGCUUCCACGAGCGGCGCGUCCGUCUCUCUGAUGCUCAUGGGCUUCGCCGCUGUCCUCUUCGCGCUAUGA